GUUUGGUCUGUGAAGAGCCAUUACCGAGUCUAAUUGUUGGAUUUAUCAGAGACAGAGUUGAGAAUCAGGCCGGCUGCAAGAGACGUUCAGAAAGCCUUUCUAAUUGUAAAAAGACUGAGAGACAGAGCCAGACAGCAAUACGAUAAUGUUUCUUCCAGCGCGUUUGCCAACUUGGAACUCAACCCCGAACUGAAACUUUCUUAAAAUAUGACGUUGAAGCCUUUGCGCUGCAACGAGCUGGACCAUUUUAGCGCGGGCUGAAAUUGCGUGAAGCUCACUUCGGUCAAAAUGAAAAAAAAUAUUUAAAAAGAUAUUGUAAAAUUAAAACUUGUCAAGCUGACCCUCGCUGUAAUUUUUUAACACGCAUUUUAAGGUAACAUACUGGUGGAGGGGGAGGAGGAGUGUCUCAUGGCAAGGCGUCUUGCCCUGGAAAAUUUUAAGAUGGUGCACUUUGCUUAGUUUUGAAAUGCAUAGUAUUUGGGAUAAUGUUAUUGUAUCUUAUUCAUUCAUAGAGACGAGUUCAGACCAAAAAGAGCUAAAUUUCGCCGUUGAGAGAUCUGGCUCCAUUUUUCAAAAAAACAAUCGGCAUGUUGUUGUGGUGAACAAUAGAAUAAGAAUGGAAGGGGAAAAAAUUGAAUUCCAGAACCCCAGAAAAGCUAUAUUUUGGAAUUCUGGAAAAAUGUUUGCAUCAUUGCAGAUACCGUCAACAUCAUCUACUGCCCAUCCUGAUGGACGUCGCAUCUUCGGCCGCACAGCGGAAACGACGUUGUUUCCGUUGAUAUCAGUCUCAGAUUGUUGGGACUAGUUGUCUCGGAAAGUAGGGUCCCGAGUCUUUCUUUCUUUCUCCUCUUUUCAAGAUAGGUAGCCUCAGCCAGUGUCCAAGGUAGAAGGAUCCUAUGCCUGGUGCCAGUUACGGGAGCCAACACCGUGGAUUAUGAUAUCAGGUGCCUCCUCAACAACAUCCUUCACCCGCUCCCAUGACUUCACGUAACCCUGAUCGGGUUUUGACCAGGUACUACAUCCUUCCCACAGGUGACCCGUAGGCUAGGGGAAGGAAGGAGUCGCCUUACUUCUCCUGUUGGCAAAGGAUACCCCUACCCCGCUACCCGGGCAGAUGCCAUCGCUAAAUAUAAAUCUACCACGUUCUUUACGUCUGUACCCCUUUUGAGGUUAUAUGCUUUUGGAUGGCCUCACCCCUCAAAUCCCACCAGCACUUUUACGUUAAAAAUGAACCGUCCAGGCGAGGACAUGCAGUCCCUUUACGGAAAUGUUAUAUACCGAGACCUCGGAUGUUAUGUAGCUGAGCAAGAGUGCUGUACAUGUUAUAUAUCUGUGAUAACAGGUUCUCAAUGGUUGGUAUCACUAUAAUUAAAUUUUGAUCCUGCUCGUCAUUGAGCUACCAUAGAACCUCCUCUUAGAGCGUCCGUUACAGAGAAUGAAUAGGGGUGACAAAUCUGAGAUGAUUGACACAAAACUGAAAUUGAGAUUCCACGGGUGUUGGAAUGUCUGGAAAUAUUAUAAUGGAUUGAAUCAGAAGGGAUUGAAUGAAACUUUUUAUUCAUUUAUGGUUUAGCAUUAAAAGAGCCACAAUUGCAGUUUAAAGUGCUACUACACCCACAAAUAACCUAGCGAGAAAAAAUAGCAAUAAGCUAUUAACUAGGUGUCAAAUUAUCACAAGCCGAUAAAGGGAGGCGCCUCACAGCUGCAAAAUGGCGUUACAGGAAUGGUUGGUUUCAAAGAGGCGUGCCUCUUGCAAGGUCUUGCAGGCACUAAGCAAUAAAGACUAAAGGACCAAGUUAUCAAUCAGUAUCUAGAUCGAUUUCGCUGACAGAUUUUACAGCGUAAAAAACGUAUCAUUAACUUAAAGCUCUGCAGAAAAAAAAUGAAAAACCUUCGGUUCUAUUUUUCUCUCAACUUCGCCACUCGAUUUAGGAGUUCAUUUGCACGCUCGCUUGAUAAAUCCUUCAGCUACGCAGGCUACUGAGGCUAGCGGAGACGUCUCAAAAUCUCAUUGUGAACAAUUUAAAACCUUCAAAUUGGCAGACCCACUGGUUGAUGCCCUUACCUUCUCCUUUCUUUCUUUUUAUCCCAUAAUUUUGGUGUUUCAAAAGUCACGUGACACACAUGCUACACUGGACAACAUGACGUCAUAUAAGUACCAUGACGUCACAAAAGACACUCCGGGAUCUGUUGAAUAAUGUGUUGAAAUUGUGGCAAAUACUUUUAAGUUUUUAAAUACUUUUAAGUUGUUAAAACAACAUAACUUCUUAAGAGUCACUCAUCUCUUAAAUGUAACAACGCAAAAGCUGUUGCAAACAUUUGACAACAGGACGCUACCAAACAACGCGGAGACUGUGUGGCAAAUAUUCCACAGCAUGGCUGGUUUAAGAACUCUGAUGCUGCUCCUUUGUCUUGCAUCAGGUACGAAAAAAGGAUUUUACUUGUAAUAAUGUAAAAUUAAGAGCUCUAAAAAGUGGUUAUUGUUUUGCAUUCCCCAGUUCAGUUUCAUCUCGUACAUUGUUGAGGGUUGCUUUGAACAGGGAGUUAAAUUCAGCAAAAGGCGACUUUGAAACUAGACCUUGCAGUUUGGCAAACUGCAAAUUGUAAAUGAAAAAUUAAAACUCGAUUAUGCAGAAUUUGCUACUUAGUAAGGUCAUCAUUUAAAGAGCGAGGAGGUUUCGUGCAGUCAGGCUGGCCUAGCAGAUACGUAUAUUUAAGUUCUUAAAUUCUCGAUCCAAUAUGAGCAACAGAAUGCAGAUACAACGAAAGUUAUCAUGCAAUCUCAGCUGAAUUCAAAUUAGGCAGAGAAUUUGUUUCUAUGAACUGCCAUUACUGCAAGGUACUGACCGUUCUGUAAUUAUCAAUUUCCAUUACAUUUGGCUUUCUGAUUGUUCCAUUUCAGUAUCAAGGUAUUGCGAUUAUUCCAAAACGUCAAUUAUUAAUUUGAGUGGAACAGCUCAGCAUUGUACUGAAGUUGACCACAGGUGACCCAAGCUUAAUAUAAAAGCCCGUAUUGGAAAUGGCACCCACAGUUAUCAGUGAUAACAGAUUAAAAAAGUCGUGUGUGAUAUCACAUGGUUUAAGGCAAAGAAAGAGAACUUAUGUGAUAAAUAUCAUGAUCAUGAGGUAGCAAGAACGUGUGUGUGGCAGGCGAUGGCGUGGUUUUCAGCGGAGAUCGUGUGUGACAUCACAUAAUUUUAACGUGUAAAUCAGGCAAUAAGCUUGCGCAAAAACGGAGUAAAUUUGCACGACAAUGAAAAUGGCCACCAUUCUACAAAGUUGUUAAGCGCAUCGGAUUUAAAAGGGAAGGAAAGAAGGAAGGAAAGACGGUAAGGAAGAAAGAAAGAAGUUUAAAAUAAGAAAGCCUUUGCCAGUGUGUAUUUAUCAACUAGCUGUUAUUUUCCAGUGUCUCGACUCUUCAACUUUCUUCUUCAGUAAUCUUCAGCGUCGAUUCUAUGACUUUGAUCCAGUCUCUGCGCUCCAUACUGAGUCAUUUCACGAAAACAAGGAACGUCGCGGUAAACCCUGCUGAGAAACAGAACGCACGCGACUAUGUCGUGAAAACAUUCAAAGACCACGGACUGAACACGUGGACUGAAGAAUUUCAAAGUAACAACCCGCGGGUAAUUUUAAAACGA